ACGCUGCCAGAUUUUAGUUUUCGAUUGGCAGUGGCGAAGAGAAGACAACGGACAUUUUUUGCGGACACGCGCAUCGUCAGCACUACUCCUCACAAUCCUCUCCGAGCUCUCAUCGGUAUUCACCCAUGGCCGCAGCAACCGAGAAGCUCUCCCACCUCAAGUCCGCCGUGACCGGUCUUGAUCAGAUCAGUGAAAAUGAGAAGACCGGAUUCGUCAACCUCGUUUCCCGCUACGUGAGUGGUGAGGCCCAGCACAUUGAAUGGAGCAAGAUCCAGACACCUACUGAUGAAAUCGUCGUUCCUUACGACAAAUUGGCCCCUAUCUCCGAAGAUAUUUCUGAGACCAAGAAGCUAUUGGACAAGCUUGUUGUGCUUAAACUUAAUGGAGGUCUUGGGACGACAAUGGGAUGCACUGGUCCUAAAUCUGUCAUUGAAGUGCGUGAUGGUUUGACAUUUCUCGACCUGAUUGUUAUUCAGAUUGAGAAUCUCAACAACAAGUAUGGUUGCAAGGUUCCUCUAGUUCUGAUGAACUCGUUCAAUACACAUGAUGACACACAAAAGAUUGUGGAGAAAUACACCAACUCCAAUGUUGACAUUCACACAUUUAACCAGAGCAAAUACCCCCGCAUUGUUGCUGAUGAGUUUCUGCCAUGGCCCAGCAAAGGAAAGACUGACAAGGAUGGCUGGUAUCCUCCUGGCCAUGGCGAUGUAUUCCCAUCGCUGAUGAACAGUGGCAAGCUUGACACUUUCCUGUCGCAGGGAAAGGAGUAUGUGUUCGUUGCCAAUUCGGACAACUUGGGGGCUAUUGUUGACUUACAAAUCCUGAACCACUUGAUCCAGAACAAAAAUGAGUACUGUAUGGAGGUUACACCCAAAACCCUUGCUGAUGUGAAGGGAGGCACUCUCAUCUCUUAUGAAGGCAAAGUUCAGCUCUUGGAGAUUGCUCAAGUUCCCGACGAGCAUGUCAACGAGUUCAAAUCAAUUGAGAAAUUCAAGAUAUUCAAUACGAACAACCUAUGGGUUAACUUAAAAGCGAUCAAAAGGCUUGUCGAAGCUGAUGCGCUUAAAAUGGAGAUCAUCCCGAACCCAAAGGAGGUAGAUGGAGUCAAAGUUCUUCAACUGGAAACUGCAGCUGGUGCUGCUAUAAGGUUCUUUGACAAUGCAAUUGGUAUCAAUGUACCUCGUUCACGGUUCUUGCCAGUGAAAGCAACCUCAGACUUGCUUCUUGUUCAGUCAGAUCUCUACACCCUAACUGACGGAUUCGUCAUCCGUAACAAAGCUAGAACCAACCCAUCAAACCCGUCGAUUGAAUUGGGACCCGAGUUCAAGAAGGUCUCCAACUUCUUGGGCCGGUUCAAGUCGAUCCCGAGUAUUGUGGAGCUCGACAGCCUUAAGGUUUCCGGUGAUGUCUGGUUCGGCUCGGACGUUGUUCUCAAGGGAAAAGUGACAAUCACGGCUAAACCUGGGACAAAGCUCGAGAUCCCGGACAAGGAUGUGAUCGAGAACAAGGACAUCAAUGGUCCCGAGGAUCUGUGAAGCAGAAGCUUGACCCUUUUGGAGGUAACAGAGUUGUGGUAAAUUUAUGAAGAGAAAAUAAACGGUGUUUGCUGCUCCGCGAAAGUCUUCUAUUUUGUGUCUUUUAUCGCAGUUGUUGUGGAAAUUUUUGUUGAUGAUAAGUUCACAAUGGCGAAACUUACUCUUGGUUCCAGAAAUCUCCGAAUUGAAUUAUGAAGUGAAAAUUUACGGGUACA